AAUUGUAAAUUAAUAAUAUUAAUGAUAUGAAAAUUUAAAAAUAUUAAAAUAAAUAAAACUAAAAUGAAUUAAUAAAUUUAGGAGAAACAACAUCAACAACAACCACAACAAUAAUAAUAAUCGAGCGAUGUGUAUGAGCACGUGUCCUCUUUUUCGCUAGAGGGAUUUGAAAGAAAGAAUGAAGAAGAAAAAAACAAAAAAACAAAAAAAAACCACUUUAAUAGUCUUGAUAGCGAUUAGCAAUGGCGAGAAUGCAUGCUGCCAUAUAGGGUUAUAUAUGGCGUGUGAAUGUGGAAUGAACGUAUAACGUGGUAUUGUAUAUUUUACGUAUACAUACAUGGGAUGAUGAUGCCUGCCGCAUUGUAAUUCUUGACCUAUACUUUUGGACAGUGUUGCAUUUAUAGCGUGAAAGAGAGAGAGAGAGAGUGAAAUUAACGAUGAAUGAAUUUAAAAAACGGAGGUAAGAAAACGCGUAUUGAAACGUAGAGCGCUACAGGUUUUGUUGAAAUAGUUACAAUAACGAAAGGAGAAAAAAUGAAUUAAUGAAUUAAUAAAGAAUGUAAAAAAAAAAAAAUGAUCAUAUUUUUGCAAAUAACAAUUAAUUACGUCGCAUGUGAAUAAAUUAACGACGAUUAGCGAUAACGAAAAUAAAUGAAUUUAAAUUAUGUAAAAUUAUGAAUUUGCGUGAGAAAGCACGUUGUCCAAAAUGUAUGGAAUAAUAAUUUGUACAAUAUAAAUUACACAUAAAAUACUAAAUAGUGAUAAUUUCAAUGUUGGUACAACAGAAUAUAGCCACUCGACUAUUCUCCACCAUAUGAUGGAAUUGUUAACAGUAUAUUAUGUUGUAAUCUACAUUUUCAGUGUUUAUAAAAUUUAGCUGUUACGUUUUUUAUUAAAGAAAUAUUUACAAAAGUAAGAAUUACGAAUAUUUUUUCGAUCGAUAUUAUUGAUAUCAUUAUUAUUAUCAUUAUUAUUAUUAUUAAUUUAUUAUUCGUAAAUAAUUCAUCGUCAGGGAUUGCGAACGAAAUUAAUUAGGUAAUCCAGAGGUUGAAAAGAAAAGUGAAACAAAAAAAAACAUAUAUACAAUAAUAAUAUAAUUAAUUAAAACAUUUAAUAUGCUUCGAAUAGUAAUGGAUUGAAAAGUUUUCAAAGCGUGUACCUGAUUUCUAUGUAAUAUGUGCUGCAGCUAUAACACGUGGGGAUGUAAUGCCUGUUGGGGUGGCACAAAAAAACAAUAUUUUUUUCAUUUGUUUUCAUAUAUUUUCUUCCAUUUCCUCUGAAAGUAUAUCAGUUAAACAUUCUUCAAAAGCCCCCUCCGAAGAUCGGCUCGAGGAAAAAAAAAUUUCUAGGGAUCGUUCAAGAGUUUUAUCACCUUUGACCAAGAGUAUAAUAGAAUAACGAGGAAGAAAUUGAAUUUGUAUAGAAUUUGUAUAGAAUUUGAAAAAUCUUGAACAACCCCGUAGAACAUUUCUAUUUUUUCGAGCUUCGAAAAGGGCUCUUGAAACAUGUCAAACUGAUAUACUUUCAUAGAAGACGACAAAAAAAAAUGUCUUUUUUUGCGCUACCUCAAUAUCUAUACAUAUAUUAAUGUCAUGCAGAUUAUACGCCAAAAUCGUCAUAAUUUUUUUUGAACGGUUUACCUUAUCGUUACUUUAUUUUCUUUUAAUUUUUUCAUUCUCCUUCAAUGAUUUAUGUAUCGAUAAAAUAGUUUCGUCGUUAGUACGGCUUGGAUGAUUAUCUCAGGUUUUCAAAACUCUGGCAAUUUAUUCGAAAUAAGAGAAUUCUCGAGAAAGAAAUUUAUUAUUACGGACAAAAAAAAAAUUAGUGUUUUCAAGACGAUCGUUGCAGAUCCGCUGCCACAGUUUUGUCCCGUUUUUUGAUGAAAUUUUUUCACCAAAUUUUCAUCGUGGCUCCGAUCAGGCGAUAAAAAUAUAUUUCUAAAAACGAUGAUCAAGUUAAAUUUAUCGAAUAAAAAUCAGCAAAAAUUCAAUUCUCUCUAACUAAAAGUACAGAAAAAUCACGAACCGAUAAUUAUUUAAUCGGCCGACGUCGCAGUUUUCCGUUUACUUUGCGAUUCUGUGAAAAAAAAAAAAAUGAUAUAUCGUUAUAAUUAACGCGACAACAACCGAAAAAAAAAUCCAAAAAACCAAAGAGAUGAACGUAUUCUUCCGUUGAAUAUUCCAUAUACGUUACAUUAUAUCCUGAUGUGAGCUUGAACGACGUAUAAUAGCGUGAGAUUAUUUUGUCGCACUGCCAAUUAAAGAUCAUUGUCAUUUUUUCCUAACUUUACUACGCAAAUCUAUGCAUAGAUAUUUUAAGUGUCGCAAAAACCUGAAAGAAAAAUCAUUGUAUCGUUACAUUCGAUCACGCCUGAUCGUCAACUCAAAUAUCAUUGAUUCAUGUACCAAUAAUUGUUACCAGUAGACCGAGAUUUACCCGUAAGGCGAUCGGAAUGAGCGAGAGAAAGAAAAAGAAAAAAGAAAAUAUUUCAAAUUAAAACGAUCACUGCCAUUUAAAUUUAAAUAUCUUCGAGCGGUCGAGCGAAGAAAGAUUAAUCGAUCGUUCGUAUCGAUACUUUUCAUAUCGAUGCUAAAGUAACGUUGCAAAAACAAAUAAAAAAUUGUUUUCUCAAGUUUCGUUUUACGCGACGCUUUCUUCGUGGUUAGUGUAGAAUAAAAAUUAAUUACAAUAGAUAAAUUAUUGAUAGGCGAGAGAAGAUCGAGAGAGAAAAGAAAGAAACAAAACUAGAAAGUAAUAUCUGUCCAAUAUUAUUUAUAUUUCAUAACUAGAUUACGCGUAAUCAUGAUUUUGCAUCCGCUCCAGAACGUUCUCUUGCUAAACAAAUAAAAGAAAAGAAAUUUCAUCUUUCUUUCUUUUAAUCAAAUAUAAUAACGCAGGUUGUUUCGAAGUGCCGGUAUGAUUAGUUUAUUUAUCUUCAUUUAUUUAUUUUUACUUUAUAUUUUUUAUUCUAUUUAUUUUCAUUAUUUCCUUCCGUAAUCUAUAAAUAGAAUUUGGUAAAGAGUGGCUUUUUUUCUACGCUGCUUCGUUGUUGAUAUGUAAAUAAUUAGAGGGGGGGGAAAUAAAAGAGAAAAAUAAUCCAAGUAAUGAAUAAAUGAAUUAGUUAUAAAUAUUUAGCAUUAAGUAUUCGUAACUUCGAGUUGAGGGGAGAAAAGAAAAAAAAAAAACAUCAAAGAGGUAGUUCUGCAACUGAUCUGACCUCAGAAUAUACCUGGUUUAUUUUUUUGAUUAAUUUUUUCUUUCUUUUUGUUUUUUUUUCUUGUAAAAAGUAUAAAAUUUACUAUUAUAACGUUUAAACAAUACACAUUAUUCGCUAUAUCCUAUAUAUAUAUGAAUAUAUAUUAUAUAAAUUCCUAUGAAUUAUGUAUGCAGAUAUGUUAUAGACAUAAGUCUUAGAUUUUUCAUCAUUAUUUCAAACAAAGAUAGUUUUCUACUCUAGGCUUAGGUCACUCUCAAGCUGUUGUCAAUAAAAUAACACUUUUUAAUGCUGUUUUAGGGGAUAUUUUCUUCCAUAAAUAUUCUAUCGGUAUUGGAAUCGUGACGACCUAUGCUUUGGACAAGUGCAAGUAAUUUUGCUGCAAUUUGAAUCGUUCUCUGCAAAAUCGUGACACUUUUGACCGCCCAAUUUAUUCUUCUGACUUCUUACAGCUGCAUCCCUCUCCGCAUCGAGGCUGUAAAUACUCUCUCACCUUCCCUGGAGCUUUCCCCGCUCACUAUGACAGAAUUCUUUCCUCACCCUCGACAGGUACACCGAGAUUCAGAUCAUAUCUCUGGUCGUCAUUCCGGUUGAAUAGUAACAAGUGAAACAGGGAACACACCUCCUCGCCAUAUUUCUUUGUCAGAUGUAAAAUUACCUGUCUACGGGCGAGAUAUCCCCAUUAUAUCCACCUAGGUACGUCUAUCUCCCUAAUAAUUUCCUCAUUUUCUAAACAUUCUUUCUUUUUUCUCAAUUACUGAUACUCUACCACCCAUUUAACCGAACGGUGGACUCUCACGAUUGUCUUUCGAUGCUGCAGUAGGACGUUGUUAUUCUAGGGGUACCUGUUGGACGAACAUCGUCAAAGUUGUCAGAUUCGAUUGCGAUAAAUCGCGACGAAAAUUGGGCUGAUCUAAUUCGAUGUUAUCGGACGUAAUAGGUUAGCCGCAGCCGUGUACCGUAACGGAGGAACGAGGAGACCCGUUUUUCGUGCGGAGUUUCAGGUUCCCAAGGAACAAUCUUGGGUCAAAGAGCCCGCGGCUGGAAUUCGGGGGAUUCCGGGGAGAGGCAAGCUCUUCCGGUCUCGAAUCUGGAAAGGAAAAUGAAUCGGGAAGGCGAAGACGUCGAAGAAUUUCUCGGCGAAGAUCCGUUCCGAAAAAAAGGGACCGUCGUUUGUUACGCGCGCCGCUGACGAGCGUUUGGCAAACAAGAUGGCCGCCACCUUCUAUGGGGUUCCUUCGGCCCGUUUACAUUUUUCGCGGGGCGUCGAGGAGGGCGUCGAAACGAUCGACGGAACGCGAAUCGCGAAUAGUUCUACUACCGAUUCGGAACUCGAUGACGGUCGCACGUACCCUCGCUGAAACGAGGCGCGAGUCGGUCCUUUUUCCCUGCUAUGCAAUCGUUACGCAUGGUAUCGCUGAAAAAAAUCGCGGCCAAACGACGAUCGUGUUCGUCCUCAACGAACCGUGGUUAACUUCAGGCAUCGCGGGACAGCUGAAAAGCUGCAUCGUACGAUGAAAGUUGCUCCCUGGAGACCGGACGAUUAUUCGAAGAGGAGGAGCAGAGGGAGGCAGCCCGUCCAAGUGGUUGGGCAACGUAGGUCGUUUGAUGAUCUUCGAAGCGAGUUCGUUGGGCUGGUUGGCAGCAGUGGCUUCCUGACCCACAUACCUACCUACCUACCUACCUACCUACCUACCUCUUUGGGUACGUACACCUCACGAGUGUUAAAAUCCAACGUCCAUCCGCCCGGCACGAAGUUACCUGGACACUCCACAUGCUACGAAGUCACCUGCUGUGAUAGAAUACCACCACACUCACGCCCUGGCCAGGCGCCUGUGCUUCUUCUCCCUCCAAGUUCCUCCGCUCCAUCGACUCCAGGACUUGCAUCGCUGCCCAAGGAACCCGGAGAGGGACAAUUCCCAUUUUUGGAUCCUCCCUUUCUUUGACCAACGGAAGUGGGCAUGACAUUCCAUCCCUCAGGAUGGCGAAGGGUAUCGUAAGUUUUUGAGAACAUUUCAAAUAUUCUUCUCACUCUUAUCCGACGAGUCGAAUGAAAGGGGAGAAAAAGGGACGGAAACGGACGACGGAGAGAGGAGGAGGAGGAGGAGGAGGAGGAAGAAAUGAGUAAAAAAAGAAUCGCCGUGAAACCGUGUGGGAAAAAAAGCAGAAGCUCGCGACGCCUGCGCGCGAGGCAACAGGUCGCAGUGGCCUGAAUUCCGCAGCUGAGAAGUCGGUGCAGGCGGCUUCGUAAGUGAGGUGAGUUUCGUGUGAGAGGUGUGUAGGUAUAUCGGUUACGCAGGUGUGGAGUAAGGCGGGUGUAACGCACUCGGGAUGAGCGAAGAAAAAGAAGUUGGAGAAAGAGAGAAAAAAGGAAAAGGUAAUGGGAGGAUAGCCGGAGUGGUAGUUUCGUUCGGAUUCGUAGACCGAGUUUAUCGAGGCAUUCAGGUAUGCGUUUUACGUUUUGAACUGUAUAUGAAACUAUAAUUCGUUGAAAAAUAUGCGUUUCUCAAGGUGUAAGUGCAAGUUUUUCUGGCCAUCUAAUAGAAAGAAGAAGAAGAAGAAAAUAAGGAGGAGGAAGUAGAGAGCGCAGGGAGUAGGAGCAGGAGCGAGAGGGACGGUAGAAGGGUUCUUAGAAAAUGGUGGGAGAGAAAAAAGGUGGGGAAAAUCGAGCUCGCGAGCAACACCUGGAUGACUUCCUGCCGUCGCUUAUAUUUCAGUCUCGAAGAAGUGAGAUUCUCGAUCGGUCGUCGACGCGUCUCAACGAGAAUAUACCUUCGAACGAUAACGUAAAUGGAGUGUCAGCCGCAGCUGUUUCCGCCGCGGGAUGCGGAUAUCCAGGUGCGCCGGCUCACAGUUUCGUACGAUUCGAAUUGCCGGGCGAAGAUGCGGUCGUCGACGAGGUCGAGUCUCCGCUGAACGUGGCUUUCCAUGAACACGGUACCGUCGCCAUAUAUUCAUGCGAACGUGGAUUCGAAUUACUCGGACCCGCAAGGAGACAGUGCAGAGACAAUGGGACCUGGGUGCCGGACGGAGUGCCUUUUUGUGUGCUGAACGUGGCCGGGGGCAAGGCUCCGAUGCAGUCGAGUACCGCGGACGGCGGAAUACCUCAGAGAGCCGUGGACGGAAGUAGCGGACAGAUUUACACACCUCAAACAUGCACCCUGACCAGACCGGAGACGUCCCCCUGGUGGUACGUGAACCUGCUGGAACCGUACAUGGUGCAGCUGGUGAGAUUGGAUUUCGGGAAGCCGUGCUGCGGCGAAGGAUUACCGGGCACCAUCGUCGUUCGUGUGGGUAAUAACAGACCCGACUUGGGAACGAAUCCUAUUUGCAAUCGGUUUACUGGACCGUUGGAAGAAGGCCAGCCUCUUUUUCUCCCCUGCAAUCCUCCGAUGCCAGGAGCCUUCGUAUCCGUCCACUUGGAAGCGGCCACUACCAGUCCUGUACCUGUUCAAUUGUCCCUCUGCGAAGCUUUCGUCUACACAGAUCAGGCACUGCCCAUCGAAAGGUGUCCGCAAUUCAGAGACCAACCGCCCGGUUCUACAGCCACUUACAAUGGCAAGUGCUACAUAUUCUACAACAGGCAACCGAUCUCCUUCAGAGAUGCUCUAGGCUUUUGUCGUGCUCGAGGAGGAACUCUAGUCGACGAAAGUAAUCCGGCACUACAAGGUUUCAUCUCAUGGGAGCUGUGGAGGAGACAUAGGAGCGACACGUCGAGCCAGUACUGGAUGGGAGCGGUACGAGACCCUAAGAACAGGACUACUUGGCGAUGGACCGGAAGUGGAGACGAGGUGUCAGUCUCCUUCUGGAGCCUGCCUCAAGGCACGAACGAAGAUUGCGCGCGCUACGACGGCAGCAGAGGAUGGCUCUGGUCUGACACCCCGUGCACCGCCAGGCUGAACUAUAUCUGCCAACACCAACCACGAGCUUGCGGUCGUCCAGAGCAGCCACCGAACUCUACGAUGACAGCGAGCCUGAUGGAGGCGACUUCGAGAGGAAGCUACGAAGUUGGGGCCACCGUGGAGUACAAUUGUAACGCUGGAAGUCUGCUCAUCGGACCUUCCACUCGAACCUGCCUCGACACCGGUUUCUAUAACGAAUUCCCACCCGUUUGCAAAAAUAUCGAGUGCGGAUACCCGGCCAACAUAAGACACGGAGAGUACACUCUGAUCAACAACACCGUUAACUAUCUGAGCCAAGUUCUCUACUCUUGCGAAGACGGAUACGAAAUGACAGGAAGGGCACGGUUAACUUGCGACAUUGACGAGAGGUGGAACGGUCCUCCACCUCGUUGCGAGCCUGUCCGAUGCGACUUACCACCAGUAAUUGCCCACGGUCGCUACGAGGCAGUGGUGGACAGCGAAGAGACGGGGUUGAAAAAGAAUAAUCAAACUCUCAUCGCUGGGAGCAUCGUAACCUACACUUGCGAAAAGGGCUACCGACUGGUUGGUUCCAGGCAAAUACUGUGUCUCGCGACUGGCUCCUACGAUCACUUGGCACCGACCUGUGCUGAAGAGCCACGUCCCACCGUCACAGUCCCGACUCGAGUGACCAAUCGGCCCACCGUGACUCGAGGACGUCCGCUGAUCCCAACGAGGACGAGAUCCCCGACCACGCCGUCCCCCACGAGCACUGUUGGGACAUCUCCGAUCACACCUGUCAGGGUUAUCGGGCACGCGGAGUUGCCGGCGACCGUUAAAGAAUCGAUUCCCAGAAAACCCUCGGUCUCGUUGAAGAAUCCUGCCCCCACAGCUGCCACUGACGACAUUCGCGAUCAUCCUCAAGACAACGAAAUCGCCGGUAGCGGAGUCGACAACGUUCAAGCCGGGGUGGGAGCUGGCGUCCCAGAACCCUCGGGCCCGUUCAGAGUCGACAGUGCUGACCAGCCCUCGAACACCCACCAAGCCAAGCUGAACCUCGGGGCUGUCAUAGCUCUGGGAGUAUUCGGGGGAUUCGUUUUCCUCGCCGCUAUUAUUACGACCGUAGUAAUACUGAUCCGCAGGAACCGCGGUAGAGGAAGCAAGCAUUACCGUCAUCGGGCAUCCCCUGACUGCAACACCGUAGCUAGUUUCGACAGUAAUUCCUCCGAGAGUCGAGGAGGGUUGAAUCGAUACUAUCGUCAAGCGUGGGAGAACCUCCACGAAACUGCCGGUCAGAAAGCGAACCACGCUCCGUUGCGCCGCAAAGAAACCCUCGACGAGCCUGGAUACAGAGAAAAUUUCCGCGGGAACAACACAGAACGUGACGGUUCGGAAUUGGUGGUCAGCGACGUGGCUGCCUACCCUUCGAGCAAACACGCCAGUGUCUCGGACAAGAAGAGGCACCAUCAUCAUCACCAUCAUCAUCACGGAUCCGCGACACCCGAAUGGAGACAACCGCAGUCCCAGCACAGAUAUUGAUACCAACGAUGCGCGGAGCAACGAAUUAUUCAUUGGCUAACCAACGAAACUGUCGAGCUAUACGGUAGCGUGGAACCGUUUAUUUAUUUCUUAUUAUUCUCACUCUUCAAUUGAGAAGAUAAAUUAUUUAUUCCGAGCUAACGUUUAUUAAUGUAAAUAAAAAUAUAUUAUAUUCAAAUGUGGUAGUAGUAAUGAUAAUAAUAAUAAUAACAACAACAAUAUCAUUGUUCUGCCGUUCCACGCUAUCGUAUUGAAAAGACAAAAUACUGGUCAGAGGAUAUGCCAAAUAGAGGAGAGAACAAAAAUUGUAUACAACGAUCAAAUUUCUACAGUAAGCCACCACAAGUUCAUCGCCCAAAUUACAUUUUCUUUAUUUUUGAUUUUUUUUUUUGAUUUUUUAUUUUAAAAACGUACGCGGACGUAUGUAGUCGAAAUCUGUUAUGAGUGCCUUGGCCUUGCUUUGAAUGGAACCGAAAAAUGAAUGUUUUUUUUUUCUUUAGACCCCAACGUGUUAAGGGGAGGCCGACGUUUCUCAUGUGCGCAGUGAAAAGAAAAAGUAAAAAUAAAUAGAAGGAAAGAAAAAAAAAAACGAAUAUAAACAAACUAAUAUAAAAUUAUAGAUUAAUUAGCACUAACUUAAGAGGCAGUCAUAAUUAAAAGAGUUACGGUAAUCUAUCAUUCGAAAGAAA